UUUUCCAUUUUGUUUUGUGAUUUUUUUAAGAAGGAUCUCAGAUCCACACAUGAUCCUAAGAGCUGCCACUAAAUAUUGGUGUCCCUAAAAUUCUCAGUAUUAUUGUUCUUGGUAUUAUUUUUAUAUAUCUUUUCUAGAGUUUAGAAAAAUAGAAUUCAUGAUAUGCAGCUGUAACAUAACAUUUCUUGUCUGCUUCAGUGAUGGAGAUUUAUGGAGAGAAUAUAUGGGAUAUUAGUAGCUGGACGUCUGAUAUACACUUUAAAGACUUCCAUCUACACAGACAUUUCGACUCUUUACCAUUUGUCGAUUGUAUCAGAGAAAUAAUCGAUCUUGCUCAAACCUAUUUUCAAUCUGUUUACGCCGAAUAUGAAGACGAAGAGGAGGAGGAGGGUGUUCAGUUUGACUUUCCUUAUUUGGACAUCAUCGUUUUAUUAACAGAGGAGUUCGUGUAUGGACAUUACUUCCACGGAGUGACACCGUUACAAGAGCUGCAAUUAUUGGAAAUAUUAUGCUCGUACUUUCAAGAGAAUAAACUGGAUCCAGUGAGAUAUUUCGUGUUUGAUUGUUUUUUUGGCGUUCCGAAUGAAGUUUCCGACCUUCAGAAAGGUCUCAUGGACCACAAAAUGAAUGUGAUAUGCAAACUAACAUCGAUGGCUGUUGGAACUGGCUGUGGCAAUGUAUUGAAUUGUAUAGCUGUCUGGUUGAACACGUAUGGAUCUUACCACUCUCGUGCUGCAAAGGUUGCGUAUUAUGUUAUCAACGAUUACUGUUUCAUCUGCCGUCAAGCAAUAGAUGCUGUGAAAGGACUGAUAAAUGUUUCACCGGUGUUUGCCAAUCAGUUUCUUAAAGCUGUUUAUGAAUGUUACAAAGAUUCAGAUGUCGUUAAGGAUGGCAGCAAAAUACCGCCCGAUGAAGUGGUGAGUAUUGUUGCCGGUUGGAUCAUCGACCAACCAAAUUUCUUCUCCGUGAAAAUACCACCUAUAUUCUUACAAUUGCCUUCGAUUCAUAAAUACUUACCGCUAUCCAAUCAAUCAGUGUUUGCUAUGUGCCCGCUGCUGGUCACAUUUGAAUGGUGCCUUCUCGAACCACUGGUGAGAAAGGACAGCGUGACUGAUGAUGAAGAUACAUCAAUGUAUUGGAAACUUCAUUACAGUUUCUUAAACUAUCUUGCAUUGCAGAAAAAAGUCGACUUGUUGCCGGUGGAGAGCUCAGACGAUCUGGAACCAGGAGAGCUGCUGGAGGAGAGUGAUAGUGUUGAGCUAAUCUCAAAGAGAGACUUGAUGCACUUAUUAGAAAUACUAAAAAAAUCACUCGAGGAGUAUAAAGAUGCAAGUUUGACAAAAAAAGAAGAAAGUGUAAAUCGUUUUAUGCAGAUGAUACAAGUAUCUAAAUGGGCAGGAUGUUCUUCUCUUAAGCAUUUACGACCACUUCUUGGUGGGUUGGUAGAGACCAGAUUGUUAAAACAAGUUCUAUCUUGCUGGUGAGCACGCCGUUGCGCUUCCCUGGUUUAUUUCUAUGAUAUCAAAAGGCGGCACGGAUAAUCUGUACACAGUCAAAGAUCGUCCAUCGCAUGGCUGUUAAAUAUCACCACGAAAUUAAUAGUCUCGGAAAUAGAUAUUCGUAUUGUAUAUUAGAACUAGCAAGAAUAGUUUGGAAUGAUCAGAAUAAACAUUCACCGGAAUUAACCUGAAAAUAACAUUUACUAGAUUUAGCCUAGAAACGAUAAAAACAUUUUUAUUGAUGAAUUGUUGUCCGACUAGAAAAAAAGAAAAAAGAAGCUGCGUUGGAGAAGUGUUACUUGGUGUUGAUGGAAGUACCAGAGAUACGUUAAUUCGUAUAGCUGAGAGUAUUACGAAACAUUAAUUUUUUUAAACACAAGUGUUAUAUUCUUUGAAAUGUACUUUUACUGGCGGAAAUGAAUUAAGAGUUUUCUAGAUUGA